AUGCAACCUGGGAGUAGUAAGGAUACAAGGCCAGUUCAUCCUCCUCCCCGACAAGAACGUACUUUCAAAGCUUAUAAAUUGUUAGAAGAUAAAGAAAAAGGAGGAGCAGCUAAUAUAAAAAGAUAUGAUGGCCGAGUUCCGGGAAAUCCUAGCUACGAUGUGGUCAAAGUGUCUGAUCCCAGACCGAAAUAUGAUAUUUAUCAUAGACUACCUACAACUCUAGAUUUACCUAUUCCUCAUUUUACGAUUGAUGAUAACUAUACUGGGAUACCGCCUAAAAGAGAAGUUUCAGUUUUCAAUUUGAAUGAUAAUGUAAAUGCGGCAUUUCUUAGAAAUAUGGCUUGUAAAAUUGGAGAAGUUGAGCAGGUGGAAGUGUACUUUCACCCAGACAAACACAAACAUUUACAAAUGGCCAUGAUUAAUUUCUUAGAUGAACGAGAUGCUCUCUCAUUCGUUCGUCAGUUUGAUGGAAAAUCUGUGAUGGGAAUAUCAAUCACAUGUGUUUCUGAUCCUUUUUAUGCUUUACUUAGUAGACGUUAUGAAGAUAGUGUAGGGAAAAAGUGUCCCAUUCCAAAUCAUUUGAAAUCCCUCUCCGCGCACGUGUUGGAAGGACGACGUUUGAAGAUUAUAUUGGAUAAUGAAGAUGAGAGAGCAAUACAUGUGCCCGCAUUCGAACGUUCGUUUUCCAUGAGCUUGGAAUCUCAGGAUUCUCCAGCGUUCGUACCGAUCAGACAGAAAUUGCCAAGAACGCCGUCUCCACCUCCAGUUCCCAUUCCAAGGCCAACUUUUGCUACUUUCGAACACACCCAGGAAGAGCCAAAACCGGCAUUAGUUCAGAACGUUCAACGAGAGUCCAUUAGUAGUACUAUAGAGGAAAGAAAAGAAUAUCACAAGCCUCCGCCUUAUAACACACUACCUCCAAUAGGGUUUAAUCAAUAUGCGGAACCACCUCCUCCAUAUGAUGGAGAUGAUUUUUCAAAACAAUCAAUUCCUUCAACUUCUGAUAACAGGGAAAAAGGCCGAGAUAGUCGACAGAAAAGAAGAAGUCGUAGAAGCAGCACUUCCGAUUCUAAUUCUUCCUCAAGUGACAGUAGUUCGGAUUCUACUUAUUUAACUGUUGAGAAGAAAGAGAAAAGUUUGAAGUAUACUUGUGCCAAAGAAGGUCAGAUAUUGGAAAAGAAGGUGAAAACGAUUACUUACAAACGCAAAGAAGCCAGAAAAAGUGAUACUAAGUCUUCUGGUCUACAAAAUAUAAGUAGUGACGAAGCAAGUGAUCGGGAUGAAGUUAAAGAAAAGCGGAAGCAAGAUCAUCGAUGGAGUAGCUCAUCAUCUGAGAGUGAAGACGAGAGAAAGAUUCGUAGGCAUGAAUUGUCAAGAAAGAAACGUAGGGAAGUUACCAAACUCAGCAGUUUUGAUAUGGGUUCAUCUCACGAAACUGCCAUUUCUCGCACAUCUUCUGUUUCUGACGUUCAUGUAUCCGCGAUCAUUCCACCUGUUGUAAUGCAACCACCACCUCAUCCUAUGAUUCCUGUGUUCAAUCCCAAUCAGCCUCCUCCGAUGAUUCCAUUUCAUCUGCCGCCUCCAGUUCUCAAUCAGUACAGCACCCCACCUCCAAUGUUCAAUCCUGUACCAACUGCUCAGCCGCUCCCAACGGUGGAACUCCGAUUGUUUGACAGUCCUCCUAGAGAAAAACCUUCAUUGGAGGACCGUCUUGCGAGUCUUUUCGGAUCAACUCUAGAUGAUGGUGAUGACAUGCCUCUUGAAACUACAAUGAACACAGAAUUGCCUGUUAACAACCAAGUAGAAGACAUGGAUGUUGAUGUAGAUUCAGAUCGUUCCCCAGCUUACGUUGCAGCACCAGUCUGUGAAGAAGAAGAAGAGGAUGGGAAACCUGAGCUAUAUAAAUGCACAAUGGAAACUAUUUAUCAUGCCAUCGUGGCUGAUAUUCGAAGCGAUCUUUGCGAUGUGUUAAUAAAGGAUUUACAAAAUAGAUUGCAAACUCAUGCUUUCCAACUCCUGGAACAACGAUGGCAAUCAAGGAGGUCAGCAUUAGAAGUAGAGAAAAAGAACCAGGCCAUUGCUGCUUUACGAGCUUCACAGGAUAGUAGUACAUUCAAGCCAUCACUGGAAUUCAAAAUGUUGCCAUCGUUUUCAAUUCCAAAGAAGUUCACCUAUCAUAAGAAAGAACAAGUUGAGCCUAUAGCUACCCCAUCAACUUCUCAGUUGUCCGGUGAAUCUUCGUCUUCUGAUCAUGAGGAAAACUCCAAGUCCGAUAGCGAUCCGGUCGCAAAGAAAGGAAAGAAGGAAGUCAUCAGUUCAUCUUCUUCGGAUGAAGAGGUCGCAGAAGUGGUAGAAAAGCCGAAAAUGUUCGGUCUUGUACGAGAAUCAUCUGACUCGGAUAUGGAAUUGACAACUAAUACUGAGGUUUUAGAAGCUCGUUUAGCCAUGCGAGAUCCACUGAAUGCACCUUACUUCCCUUGGCCAGCAAGUACUGUAAACUACGACGCAUUGCCAGAGCCUUCAGAGGUUUUCCAAAGAAGAGAUUACCAUGUUACUCUAACGGAACAUUGCUACCACAAAAUAAAUAGGUUGGUACCAAAGCGAGAGUACACUGAAGAACCUGACGACUCAUCAAGAAUCCCCCCGAAGAAGCCAUCAAAAAUUUCUCGACCCUUCAAACCGUCUAAAAAAAUAACUCGAGACGAACAACUGAAGAAAAUUACGUUCCCUCCACGAACGGAUGAAGAGAAAAGGAAAAUAAUCUAUGAAUGGGAUGGUUGUUUCGAUGCUGAAGAUCAGAAAUUCUUGGAAAUGGCACUCAGCCAAUUGCAGCCAGAGCAUGGUCCUCCUCCUCCAUGGAAGCGAAGAGUUCCAUUUAUACCUACUAUCUGCUCUUCAGCACAAGAUGACGAUAAGUCUCAAGAUUUUGAAGAAAGCUAUGAGAAGUUCCUACCUAACACAAAAGGAUGUGCCAGAGCCAUGGGAUAUUUCAAACUUUCUUUGAAGCAAAAGAGAUCUCUUAUCAGAAUGCCUGAAGAAUUCCGACAAGAAACAACAAAUAUAAGCGAGCGCGAUGAAGCGACUGCUCGACACCAAGCUCACCAGAAUAAGGAAAGUCGAAUUCUUCAUCGUAGAUUAUUAACUACCAUGGGAGAUGAUAAGAAUGCAGAAUUCUUCAAAGUGAAUCAGUUGAAGUAUAGGAAGAAAGUUAUUAAAUUUGCUCGUUCACGUAUUCAUGGAUGGGGUUUAUACGCUCUUGAGCCUAUAGCCCCCGAUGAUAUGAUUAUCGAAUAUGUCGGUCAAAAGAUCCGAAGCAUAGUCGCUGAUGAGAGGGAGAUACAAUAUGUGAGAAGAGGAAUUGGAAGUAGCUAUAUGUUUAGAAUAGAUGAAAAUUGCGUAAUUGACGCAACCCAAAGAGGAAAUUUCGCCCGGUUUAUAAAUCACUCGUGUCUUCCAAAUUGUUAUGCAAGGAUUCUGACCGUUGAAGGAGAUAAACGCAUAGUAAUUUAUAGUAAAACUUUAAUAAAUAAGGGGGAUGAAAUAACUUACGAUUAUAAAUUCCCACUCGAGGAUGACAAGAUAGAUUGUCUCUGCAAUGCCCCUACCUGUAGAGGUACAUUAAAUUAA